CUAUCUUGCUCGCGCAGCUCAUCUUUGUGCGGCGAUGCUAGCUAGCUUGGCUAGCAGCCCGCUCGGCUCGGCCUCGGUGGCAUGGAUAUAGAGACUGCUUUCCACACGGUUGGAGAGUUUGGACCGUACCAGAAGCGGGCGGUCACCGUGCUUUCUGUGUUUCAGGUCUACAUGGCCUGCCAGUCCAUGCUGAUCGUUCUGGUCGGAUACACACCAGAGUAUCGGGUUGAGAAGCAGGACGGCGGUCAGUCUGGCCAUCGGGAGCUGCAGCAGCACGUCAUCUUCACAGAGGAUGUGGACUCCAUCGUUACGGAGUGGGUCCUCAUCAGACAGCAGGCCUAUAAGGUCAGCCUGGCCGGGUCGCUGUUCUUCACCGGGCUGCUGGUGGGGAAUGUCGUAUUUGGGCCGCUCUCCGAUCGGAUCGGACGGAGGCCGGUCUACCUGACAGGUCUGUUCUUCGAGGUGAUGUUCGGCUACCUCACCGCCCUGGCGCCCAGCUACGAGGUCUUCGCCGCCUCUCGGCUCCUGGUGGGGCUGAUGAACGGCGGCAUCGGCCUCGUCUGCUUCGUCCUCACCCAGGAGUACGUGGGGAAGUCCUACUGGGCCAUGACUGGGACGCUGACCAGCAUGAUCUUCGCCGUCGGCAUCGCUCUGUUCGGAGCGCUGGGCUACUUCGUCCGUCCCUGGAGGACUCUGGCCAUGGUGGCCAACUCCUCCGGCGUCCUGUUCUUCCUGCUGUCUGUAAGUCUUCCAGAAUCUCCUCGCUGGCUUUAUUCUCAGGGACAGACGGAGCGAGCAGAAGAGGUUCUGCGCUACAUGGCGGUGAGGAACGGCAGCAACGCCACCAACCUGGUCCUGCAGCGGGUCGGCGCCGCCAAGCCGGGCGGCCCGUUGAGGAGGCGGGGCGGCGUCCUGCAGCUGGCGGUCCAUCCGGUCCUGCGGCUCAGGACCAUGGUGCUCAUGUACGUGUGGUACUGCUGCAGCCUGGUGUAUUACGGCCUCACCCUGGGAGCCAGCGCCACGUCAGGGAGUCGCUUCGUUACCGUGGCCAUGUACGGCCUGGUGGAGCUGCCGGCCUAUCCGCUCUGCAUCUAUUUCAUCAAUAAGAGCUGGGCCGGCAGGAGGAAGAGCAUGUCCAGCUUCCUGUUCCUGGCCGGCUGCGCCUGCCUCUGCACCACGCUCAUCCCCGAGAACUCAGGGUCUCUGCUGAGCAUCACGUCUCUGGCUCUGCUGGGGAAGCUGAUGGUCAGCGCUGCGUUCAACAUCGCCUACGUUUACACCUCAGAGCUCUACCCGACUGUGAUCAGGAACGCCGGGCUGGGAGUGUGCUCCAUGUCCUGCCGAGUCGGAGGAAUCCUGGCGCCGUUUGUUCCCUCCAUGCGCGCGCUCCACGCCUCCAUGCCCUUCACGGUGUUCUGCCUGAGCGGUUUGUCUGCAGGCUGCCUGGGCCUCCUGCUGCCCGAGACCCUGAACAGACCUGCAGCCGACACUCUGGAGGAGCUGAGCGGCCCGAGCAGCAGCCGGGUUCUGGAGAACAAGGCUCUGCUAUACGAAGAUGACAAACUGAAAUCAAACCCCAAGUGAAGCUCUGGUCUUCGGUCCGGAUGGAGCAGCUGCUUCAGAGCGGCGUACCGUCCCUUUAAGACGGAGAGUCUCCGGGUCGCCGCCUGCAGGGUUCUCCUCGGUUCCUCCUCAGGUUUUUCUCUCCUGGCUUCAGUCCAGAUGUUGCUGCUGCUGGCAGGAAGUGCAGCACAACCUUUACAUUCCUCUGGCCUCCGCUCUGCGUAAAGCCAGGUCAAAGUUCACUGAACCCAGAAGCUGAAGUUCAGCUGGGAAACGUGAUCUGCUGGGAGCAGAGCUUCAAUCUGAACCAGGACCAGGUCGUGGUUCUGGUCCGUUAGAGGAACUUUCUUCACUUUCAGUGAAAGCGAUGAUGUAACACGGUUUAAUGGUGGAUCAAGUGAUGUUUAAUAUUCCAUGAAGCGUUUAUAUGAGUCAAGCUUCUACUGCCCCCUGGUGGCCAGUGCAGGUCAGGAAGCCGGACUGGACCGGACCGGACCAUAGAUUAUUUUUAGAAGCAGAGAUCAUGUGGAGUCUCUGGCUGCCCGGUUUCUCAUAAUCACACGCAGAUCUAGAAUCUGACCUGUUUACACACUGAAACGUGUUUCUGAUCUGGGUUUUCACGGCUUUCCUGACUCCAGUUGAUGUUUUUCUACCUGGAAUCAUUUUGAACUGCAGAACAAACUGUGGUUGGUGAUAAUUGUGCCUCUGAUGUUUAGAGCCAGGCGCUGAAAAACACCAAAUAUCACCAAGGAUUUCUGCCUGGUUUCUAACAAAACUAACAUUUACAGCAAGAUAUUGUUUUUCAAUUAAAUUAGGAGUGAAAUCCUCAGCUGGUGUAACUAGUUAUUCCUGAUCAAUAUUAAGAUAUUGAUUCCUGAAAUCAAUCUCCUAUAUCACGUUGGAAAGUCACUUGAAUCAUAUUUCAAGUGAACUAAGAUAUUAACAGAAGAACUAGACAGAAACACUUGGUAAUAUUUUGUAUUUGCUGCGUUCAUGUUUAUCAAACAUCCUGAAAAUGACCAAUGAUAGAUUGAUUUACUUCCUGUUUACUUCCUGAUAUUCCAUAAAACGUCAUUUUCCCAGCCAGACAUCAAGCCAACAUCAGGUUUAGGGCUCAAACUCUCUGCGUUUUCCUACUGAUUUAAACUGGAAAUUGGAAUAAAAACCUUUAAUUUUUGAUAAAAGCCUAUAAAGUGGGAUUCCUGGUUCAUGUUUCAGCGUCUCUGAUUCCCCCAGCUGAGAAAGUCUCUGCACUUUAAAUCUGCACGUUUAUGGGACCAACGCUAAAUUUUUAAAUUUAAUUUAAAAGUUAAUUUUGUUGUAAAUUCUGAUAUAUUUUGACAUCCUGAUGUUUUUCCAGUAAGGAUGAAUAAAGUGCUUAAUUAAUCAUAGUUGAUUAUUGAAUCAUGAAGAAAAUCACUGGAGAAGUGAAACCUGUAAAAUGCGUCGUAUUAAUGUUCAUUUUAAUGGUAAUUAAGGAUUUUAAAGGGAUUAAAACACUACUACAUUCCUGAAAGCCUUUCCUUUACUCUGUAAUUACUGAGAUGAACAUAAUGUUACUAAAUGGAUGUUUUUGUAUCUUCUGGGAUCUUGGUUUAACUUUGAGUAAAAAUAUAUAUUUGUUGUUGUUUUUCUGUCUUUGUGGUUUAAUGAGCAGAAAAAUCUUCAUGAGUGUAAAAAUAGAUCCUUUCUCUGCCUCAGAUGAAUUAACACUCAUCUUAAACCAAGGUGUCAUUCUACGGGAAUCUGAUCCAGAGGUUGGUUUGAAGUCAAUGGGCCGAACCGGACCAUCAACAUGAUGGAUGAAUUUUAACGGGUACCAGAAGUGGGUCGACUCCUGCCAUCGUCGAUGUGAAGCAGAUUAACGAGAAGACAAAAAGGUUUCGCAGUAAAUGACAGACAGAGAUACUGAUGUUUAUUCAGCCUGAAACAAAACUGUUUCCAUUACAAAUCUGGACAAAUGAUUUUCACAAUUGCUGUUUCCAUUAAAAAUUGGAAUUAAAAUGAUGACAAUGAGUUAAAACAAACGACCAGCAAAAACUACAGGCAGCAGAAAUGAAGAUUUCUCUGGACGUUAUUAUCCAGAUGAAUGCAGGUUCUGAAAAUGAAGCAACUCAGAAUUUGAAAGUAGUUUGACAGGAAACAGGGUAAUCAGAGAGGGGAAGACAUGCAGCAAAUGCCACCAGGCUGGGAAUCAAACCUGCGACCACUGCCACCAGGACACAGAUCUCAGUAUGUGGGUCAUGCUUUGCCACAGCUCCCAUUUCUGGAUGUUCUCCAGAACCACAGGAUGCGUCCUGGAUGCUGCAUCAUGUUUAGCUCCUCUGGUCUGGUUCCUUUGGGCCUCAUUGAUUAAUCACCAUCAUUAAACUGUAUAAAUAGUUAGUCUGAUUGGUUAAUGAGAUAACUGGACUGUUUAGUUCCUCUCUUACAUUCAUAGUGAUUAAAUCAAGUUUGGUGUUUAGAGCUGUGACGUUCUUCAGCUCUUAAAUACCUCAAUGAAUUUAUUUUCAGUUGAGCAAAUU